AUGCUAAUGGUCUCGAGUAAUCAACAUCAUACUUUACCGAUGGGACCACAAUUUUAUGAAUUGAAUCAACAAGAUCCAAAAUUAUUGAUACCUCAACCAAAACCAUUGUUGUCGUCUGCGUCAGUAUCCCUUCCUGGUGCAAAUUUACUUAAUUCAACAACUUCUUCCUCUCCAAAGGCCACUCCAGUAGUACCAAUCACUCCAAUUCGCACUCCAAACAAUUCUUUUAAUAAAAUCACUUUACCACCAAUAUCCUCAUUUGAUAAUUUGGUAAGAGCUGCUGAAUAUAAUAGUGGUAUUCAAAAUGUUAAUGGAAAUAACAGCAAUGGCUUUAUAGCUAGUUCAAUAGUACAAAGAUCAAAGUCAUUACCGACAUUACCAGGUCCAAUCCAACCUCCUUUAUUAUUACAACAUUCACCACCAGAAUCUUCCCAUGAAGACGAUGAUGAAAGUACUUUCAGUUCAAGUAGAGUAAAUAGCAUAUCAAGUUCAUCAAGUAACUCUACUAGUAGUUUAAACUUAGCAAUGUCUGCUUCAUCAAGCAUCAAUGGUGUUUCAACGAUUGCCGCUACAAAUAAAAAAGUCAAGAAACAAAGAAAGAAGAAAGAAUGCCCAAUUUGCCAUAAUUUUUAUGCAAACUUAUCAACUCAUAAUUCAACACAUCUCACUCCUGAAAACAGACCCCAUAAAUGUCCAAUUUGUAAUCAUGGUUUUGCAAGAAAUAAUGAUUUAAUAAGACAUAAGAAACGUCAUUGGAGAGAUGAAUUCCAAUCUUCUGCUGAAGAAUCAUCAUCAUUAUCAUCGUCAUCAUCAUCAUCAUCAUCAUCAUCUACAGAAUCAGGAUCUUUAGAUCUAACGGAUAAAAAAUAUAAUCAAUUAAAAUCAUUACAUAAUAUCAAGGGAACCUUUAAAUGUCCUUAUAAUUCCACCUUGAUCAAACUGGAUAUGGAUAUCUACCCUCAUAAGAAGGGUACACCAUUAAAGUUUGAAAGUUCGAAUUGUCAUGCAACUGGUGUAUUUUCACGUUGUGAUACUUACAAGAAUCAUUUGAAAGCUUUGCAUUUUGAAUAUCCACCAGGAACUAAAAAGGCAAAUAGAUCGAUAGUCCCUGGUAAAUGUAAGCAUUGCGGUAAAAAUUUCCCAAAUGUUGACGUUUGGUUGAAAACUCAUAUAGAGAGGGACUGUGGUUACAGUUAUCAUUAA